AAGAAACUGAAGCGGUCUCAGUGUGACCGUGGAGGACAUUCAUACAGGAUGUCUAUGACCAGGCUUCUUCUAGUGGGGCUGAUUGCUGUGGCCUGUGUGGCAGCAAAGUCAGACUUAGAGAGAAGGGCACAGGAGUUUCUGGACCAGUUUGAUGGGAACGCUACUCAUCUCAUGUAUCAGUAUUCCCUGGCAUCAUGGGCGUACAACACAGAUAUUUCCCAGGAGAAUUUAGACAAACUGGGUGUACAGAGCGCAAUCUGGGGAGAAUACUACAGCACAGUAUCCAAGGAGUCGGAGAAGUUUCCAAUCGAUCAGAUUAGUGAUCCAUUGAUCAAACUCCAGCUGAUUUCCCUCCAGGACAAGGGCUCUGGGGCCUUGUCCGCAGACAAAGCGGCACAUCUGAACAAAGUGAUGAAUGAGAUGAGCUCCAUCUACAGUACAGGCACGGUGUGCAAGAGAGAAGACCCCUUCGACUGUCAAACUUUGGAACCAGGGCUGGAGAGUGUAAUGGCCAACAUGGACAGUGACUACUAUGAGCGUCUGCAUGUAUGGGAGGGCUGGAGAGUGGAGGUAGGGAAGAAGAUGAGGCCUCUGUAUGAAGACUAUGUGGACCUUAAGAACGAAGCUGCCAAACUCAAUGAUUAUGAGGACUACGGAGAUUAUUGGCGGUCCAACUAUGAAACUAUCGAUGACAGCCCAUACAACUACUCCAGGGGCCAACUGAUGACCGAUGUGAGGCGCAUUUACAAAGAGAUCCUCCCCCUCUACAAAGAGCUGCAUGCCUAUGUGAGGUCUAAGCUGCAGGCCAAACACCCUGAACACAUCCACCCAGAGGGGGGCCUACCUGCACAUCUACUGGGUGACAUGUGGGGAAGGUUUUGGACAGGUCUUUACCCCAUCUCAACCCCUUUUCCAGAGAAACCCGAUAUUGAUGUGACGGAAGCUAUGAUCGCACAGAAAUGGCCUAAGGACAGACUGUUCCAAGAAGCAGAGAAGUUCUUCAUGUCGGUGGGUCUAUACAAGAUGUUUGAUAACUUCUGGAAGGACUCUAUGCUGGAGAAACCGACUGAUGGCAGGAAGGUAGUGUGCCACCCUACAGCCUGGGACAUGGGGAACAGAGAGGACUUCAGGAUCAAGAUGUGUACGGAGGUGAACAUGGACCACUUCCUGACAGCGCACCAUGAGAUGGGACACAACCAGUACCAGAUGGCCUACAGGAACCUGUCCUACCUGCUGAGAGACGGGGCUAACGAGGGCUUCCACGAGGCCGUGGGGGAGAUCAUGUCCCUGUCCGCUGCCACCCCCAAACACCUGAAGGCCCUGGGACUCCUGCCAGACGACUUCGUAGAGGAUAAAGAGACUGAUAUCAACUUCCUGAUGAAGCAGGCCCUGACCAUCGUGGCCACCCUGCCUUUCACCUACAUGCUGGAGGAGUGGAGGUGGCAGGUCUUCCUGGGGACCAUCCCCAAGGACCAGUGGAUGCAGCGCUGGUGGGAGAUGAAGAGGGAUAUGGUCGGUGUAGUGGAGCCCUUACCCAGAGAUGAGACAUACUGUGACCCGCCUGCUCUGUUCCACGUGUCCGGAGACUACUCCUUCAUCAGAUACUUCACCAGGACUGUCUAUCAGUUCCAGUUCCAGAAGGCUCUCUGUGAGGCAGCUGGCCACUCUGGACCCUUAUUCAAGUGUGACAUCACCAACUCUACAGCAGCCGGGGACAAGCUCAGGAAGAUGCUGGAGUUCGGGAGGUCAAAGUCGUGGACCAGAGCCCUGGAGACGAUUUCAGGAAAUGCCCAGAUGGACUCCGCCCCUCUCCUGGACUACUUCAAGGACCUCCGUGUUUGGCUCAUAGAAGAAAACAGGAAGAACAACAGGAAGCCAGGAUGGAGAGCAGCUGAGGACCCAUUCUCAGAGAAUGCCUACAAAGUGAGGUUGAGUCUGAAAGCAGCUAUGGGUGACAAGGCAUACAUGUGGAACGCCAACGAGAUGUACCUGUUCAAAGCCAACAUGGCCUACGCCAUGAGACAGUAUUACCUUGAGGUCAACAAGACGGCAGCUCUUUUCACGACAGAGAACAUCCACACCUACAAGGAGACAGCCAGAAUCUCUUUCUACUUUGUGGUGACUGACCCUGCCAACUCUGCCGUGGUCAUUCCCAAAGCUGAGGUAGAGGCUGCUAUCAGGAUGUCCAGAGGUCGAAUCAAUGACGCAUUCAAACUGGACGAUAAAACUCUGGAGUUCGAGGGUCUCCUAGCAACGCUGGCCCCGCCCGUGGAGCAGCCGGUCACCGUCUGGCUGGUGGUGUUUGGGGUGGUCAUGGGACUGGUGGUCUGCAUGGGCUGUUACCUCAUCAUCUCUGGCUUCAGAGACAGGAAGAAGAAAUCUGCAGCGAAAGCUGAGGAGAACGCAGAGAACCCCUACGGUGUGACCAACGAAACAUUUGAGAGGGAAGAGGAUGAACAGACAGGGUUCUGAGUCGCUGAUUGUCAGUGUGAAAGUUAGACAGAAGACUUGACAGAUCUGAAAACCCCCUACAACAACAACUCUUUCAAGAAGACCACAUUAGAAGUUGGAUCAUUCCUUUAAAUUAUGUAUAAAUUCAAGACAUUUGUAGAGUUUUAGAAUAUAUUUUUAUUCUAAAUAAAAAAAGACUUAAGUCACAGAAAAAUAUAAAAAGCAUUACUCAUCUGACUAAACGAUCAAUAACUGAAAAAUACAAACAAAUGCUAAUUAUUUGUGUAUGAUACAUAGCUACUUCUCUCUGCAAUAGCAGAAUAAACAGGCCACUGCUGCAUUACACACACACACACACACACACUGUAAUAUCAGUACACAUCCAUUCUUUUCCUGGGCUCUGUUUCUCUACAUUCAAUGAAUCGACAGUACAUUUAUGGUAGCCAGUAUAGCCCACUCAGCAAUCAUCAUUGUUUUCCAGGGACUCAUGGGAUCAAUACAAAAUGACAUGGUAUAAAAUGGU